AAAAAAAUGCCGCAUACGUGGAAAACAAUAAUAAUAGUAUUUUAACGAAUAGUAUAGACAAUUUAUUGAAUAAGAAUAGAUAUAUAACACGUUGUACGUCUUUAUAAUACUGUCGUGCUAUAUUAGUCCUUACUAGAGAACCAAAUUUACAUUUUCACAAUGGAUGCAAUAUCACUACUUUUAUCUGUAUUUUUCUAUUGUUUUAUAUCAGGACUGAUCCUACUAAUAAUUUUAUCUGGUGUCAUUUAUGCAACAACACAACCCUAUCCUAUCAUAGAACGUUCUAAUAAGGAAGGAAGUUUCUAUGAUCCAAAAACUAGAAGUAGAAUAAUGUUCUCAAGGCUCCAGGAUGAUUUCAGCGUAAAUUUAAGUGUGGUCGUACCGGCUUAUAAUGAACAGGAUAGAUUGCCUUCUAUGCUGGAUGAAGCAUUUGAAUUUUUAGAAACCAGAAGCAAAGAGAUACCCGACUAUAAAUAUGAGAUAAUAGUUGUAAGUGAUGGGAGCAGGGACAAAACAGUUCAAGUAGCAGAGUCCUAUGUACAGAAGUAUGGAACUGAGAGAAUAAGGUGCUUGGAACUGGAGAAGAACAGAGGUAAAGGUGGUGCUGUUAGAUUGGGAGUUUUGAAUGCUCGAGGAGCGACUAUUUUGUUUGCCGAUGCCGAUGGUGCCUCCAAAUUUGAAGACAUUAAGAAACUUGAAGUAGCAUUAAUGGAACUAUUGAAAGUGGACCCGACAACGAGUCCAUCUUCUGUGAGUACAAAGUCAGCAAUUGUGAUAGGAUCCAGAGCACAUCUUGAAAAGGAUUCAUUGGCUACUAGGAGCAUAUUCAGGAACAUCCUUAUGUAUGGUUUCCAUUUUUUGGUUUGGAUAUUCACUGUUAAGGGAAUUAAAGAUACGCAGUGUGGUUUUAAAAUGUUUACAAGAAAAACUGCCAAUCAGCUGUUCCAGAGUCUUCAUGUAAAUAGAUGGGCGUUUGAUGUAGAACUACUGUAUAUUGCACAAAAACUAAACAUUCCAAUUGUUGAAAUUCCGGUGAGAUGGACUGAAAUAGAAGGAUCUAAGGUGACUCCUGUGAUCUCGUGGAUCCAAAUGGGAAUCGACUUGGGGCUCAUUUGGCUGAAAUAUACCAUAGGUGCAUGGAAGAUCAAGAACAUUGAAUAGCACAAUUUUAUAACUUAAGCUUAAUAAUAUAUAAUAUUAUAAUAUGU